CAUACACGUGAGUUUAAUUAAUAUGAUACAUAAACUACCUAUUGAUACAUUUUUUAAUUACAUAUACACACACACACAUAUAUAUGUAUAUAUAUGUAUGUAUGCAUAUAUGUAUGUAUGUAUGUACACACACAUCGUAAUUAUAUAAUUAUUAUUAAUAUAAUAUAAUUAUAAUUACCAUAAUUAUACGUUCAUAUUUAUUUAUAUAUAUUAUAUAUACAUACUUACCUACAUAUAUACAUACAUAUACACGUAUUAUAAAUGUAUCAUUACAUUGAACGUGUUUUUCUCGAAAAUAUAACGAAAUAAAUCUAUCUCUUAUUUUUUAUCAAUAAUCCAAAAAUAUUUCUCUCAGAUAUCUUCUUCGUUCGAAAGAUAUCGUUUUCUACUCGAAUACCGAGGAUACGCGUUCUUUGAAUGUUUAACAUUCCACGAUAGGAUUUGUAAUUUCAGGUCAGGUCGACAACCUGACACGACCGGGAUAUCGGUAUUUAAAAUCUUCGUUCAUCGCACAUAGUGCGGAUUAAUUAGGUCGUCUUCGAUGAAAGGGCAAAAGGAAUCGAUCGUACGUGAAAUCGUGUGCUAAAGAGAAAGAGAGAGAGAGAGUGAAAGAGAGCAGUUAACGAAUCCGCGAUACGUCGUUAUUUAACAUUAUGUAGUGAGUUUUUGAUGUCUUCGAAUAUAAUUAACAGUUUGUACACAUAUACACACACGCGCGCACAAGUGACGUAAUCACCAAAUUUACAAGGAGACACGAUAUAUCAAAGAGAUGUGAAAUAAUAAUAAUAAUAAUAAUAAUAAUAAUAAUAAUAAUAAAAACGCAGAACAAAUAAUUAAGGAUGAAGUGAGAGAGACAGAGAAAGAGAGAGACACAGAAAGAGAGAGAGAGAAAUAGUAACAAAAGGAAAGCGUUAAUGUUUAAGACGAAACGGCAUUAAUAGCAGGCAAUAUAUAAAAAAAAAAAAGAAGAGAAAAGAAGGUAAAAUUAUAAAUAUAUGUUGACGUGUACGCAGUUAUUCGAUGCCGAUUUAAUAAGCGAAUUAAUAAGCGAAUUAAAUGAUUGUUGUACAUUCUCUCAUUCACCAAUUUUUCCUCCACGAUACUGUAACUUUAGUACCUCAACAUGGUCUAAGGUUGAUACGCCGUUUCAUUGUAAUUCGUUGGACGGCACACGCAGUUGCCGUAUCAUUUGUAACAAUAUAUGAUUAUAUUGGUUAAUAAAAGUUAUCUAGAUGUA